CGGGGUGGGCGGGACGCGUAACGCAGCUUCCGCGCACGCGCGGUGAGGCCUGUCUGACCGACCUUCAGCAGGGCCGGCGUCACCAUGUUCUCUCGGGCGGGCGUCGCUGGCCUCUCGGCCUGGACCGUGCAGCCACAAUGGAUCCAAGUUCGAAAUAUGGCAACUUUGAAAGAUAUUACCAGGCGACUAAAAUCAAUCAAAAACAUCCAGAAGAUUACCAAGUCUAUGAAAAUGGUAGCAGCAGCGAAAUACGCCCGAGCUGAGAGGGAGCUAAAACCCGCCCGAGUGUAUGGAGUGGGGUCCUUGGCUCUGUAUGAAAAGGCUGAUAUUAAGACUCCUGAAGACAAGAAGAAGCACCUCAUCAUCGGUGUGUCCUCGGACCGAGGGCUCUGUGGUGCUAUUCACUCCUCGGUUGCUAAACAGAUGAAAAGCGAGGCGGCCAACCUUGCAGCAGCUGGGAAAGAAGUUAAGAUUAUUGGAGUUGGUGAUAAAAUCAGGAGUAUACUUCACAGGACUCAUUCUGACCAGUUUCUGGUGACAUUCAAAGAAGUGGGGAGGAGGCCCCCUACCUUUGGGGAUGCGUCAGUCAUUGCCCUUGAGCUGUUAAAUUCUGGAUACGAAUUUGAUGAAGGGUCUAUCAUCUUUAACCGAUUCAGGUCUGUCAUCUCCUACAAGACAGAAGAAAAGCCCAUCUUUUCCCUUGACACCAUUUCAAGUGCUGAGAGCAUGAGUAUCUACGAUGACAUUGAUGCUGAUGUGCUGCGGAAUUACCAGGAAUACAGCCUGGCCAACAUCAUCUACUACUCCCUGAAGGAAUCCACCACGAGUGAACAGAGCGCCAGGAUGACGGCCAUGGACAAUGCCAGCAAGAAUGCUUCUGAAAUGAUUGACAAAUUGACUCUGACAUUCAAUCGCACCCGCCAAGCUGUCAUCACCAAAGAGCUGAUAGAAAUCAUCUCUGGUGCUGCGGCUCUGGACUAAUGAAAAUCAAGUUUCAUCCUCAGACAAGAGGUAAAGAAGAAUUCAGCAAGCUGAUUUUGUUUUUAGCUUACUGCUGUCCUUGUCAGAAGAAUAUAUUGGUCCAUUGUUCAGAUUACUAAAGACAGCAAGAUAUUUGUAAAUUAUCUUACAAUAAAUGACUCAACAUAAAA